GGACCCGGAAAGUCUCCGUCUUGAUCCCACUCGCUUGGAGUGAGAAGUUCCAGAAGGACUCCCGAUGAGAGCACAAUGAAGCCGGUGUUGUUUCUGCUGCUGCUGUCCACCGGCUGGACCCUGUGUAGGGCCCAGGUCUACCACCAGGCCCUCAUGGACUAUUUGGAGAAUAGACUGUUGGCUGUUGAGGGCCACGUGCACCUGUGGCAGGAGCAAUGGCGUCACCACCAGGUGGAGGUGCAGGACCUGCGCAAACAGUCCACCGAGACCAUGGAAGCCCUGAGGCAGCAACACCACGGGCUGUCCAAAGACUUGGCGGCGGCGGCGGCCCGGGUGGAGCUCGUGGAAAGAGACAUGGACUCGGUGGAGAGCCAGACGUCACCGAGGGCCUGCGCUAAGGAGGCGGACCGGGUGGUGGAGCAGGGAGUGUGGAGCCAGGAGGAGAGCCGAGGAGACCAGGACCAGGGCUGGGAGGAGAUUCCCUCCAGAGUGUCUGAUUGCGUGGAAAUCAUCUCUUCCAUCCGCUCCGUGAAGAUCCUGAAGCGGGUGGGCGCUCCGAAGGGCGUAUGGCUCCGGGACCCAAGGUCGUCCAAGGUUUACGUCUUUAACGGGACAGCGGGCGACACCGUCUACCAGUUUGCGUCUGUGAAGGCCUUCACGCAAUCGCCAGGGGGCGCCGGCGCCCGUUCCAUCCGGCUGCCCUCUUCCUGGAGGGGGAGCGGCGUGGCUGUUUACAACGGCUACUUGUACUACGUCCAGCAGGGGGCGGACGUGCGUGUGGUCAAAUACGACCUCUUGAGUGGCGAGCCGGCGGACGCCGCCAUCCUCCCCGUGGAGAGUCGCUCCGUCGUUUACGGCCUCAACCCGGAGACGCUGGCAGACGUCGCGGUGGACGACCACGGCCUGUGGCUCCUUUACGCCGGCGGCGAGAGCGAGGCCAACAUCAACCUGGCAAAGAUGGACCCCGUCACGCUGGACAUCGAGCACAUCUGGGAGACCCCCUGCCCCAGGGACAAGUCGGAGGCGGCGUUUGUGGCGUGCGGGAGCGUCUACGUGGUAUACAACACUCGCCUGCCAAGUCGCUCGCGUGUCCAGUGCGUCUUUGACGUCAACGACAAGGUGGCGAGCGAGGAGGCGCCGCUCUUCUACUUCCCUCGGCGGUACGGAGCCCACGCCAGCCUGAAGUACAACGCGGAGGAGAGACAGGUCUACAGCUGGGACGACGGAUACCAGAUCCUCUACCGGAUGAACGCCAAGAAGAAACUGAGUUAGCUUUGUUUUGUCCACGAGUUUCUUUGGCAAGUAAAAGAGUAGAAGUUAGAAAACAUCUUUGUGAGGUUCGAUAAACACUAAAGAGGGCCCAAACAUUACACCACGGGCCAAAUUCGGCAUCUGACAACUCUAAUAAUGUCAUUUUGUUGCCAUAUAGUGGAUAACAUAGGCAAUACAGGUCAAUGGCCUUUAAAUAUACUCAAAAUGAAAGUGUGGGCAGCAUUUACUUAUAUGACCCAAUGCAAACAACCUUCCAUAGUCAUGGAGAAAAAAAAAGAAAAAAAAAUCCAACCAACGCAAAAUGUCAACAGACGUGGUCAUAUUUAACACAAACUGCUCAAUGCACUUUGUGAACAUUAUUUUAAAAAGGUACCGCCCCCGAUGUUGACGCGAUGUUGCAGAGUCUUGUCAACCAAGACAGCCCCACAACAUCCAGAGCCUUAAGGAACUCCGGGCGGAUCUCAUCCACCCCCGGGGCCUUGCCACCGAGGAGCUUUUUAACUACCUCUGCAACCUCAGCCCCAGAAAUAGGAGAGCCCACCACAGAUCCCCCAGGCCCUGCUUCCUCAUAGGAAGACGUGCUGGUAGGAUUGAGGAGGUCUUCGAAGUAUUCCCUCCACCGAUCCACAACAUCCGCAGUCGAGGUCAGCAGAACACCAUCCCCACCAUACGCGGUGUUGACAUUGCACUGCUUCCCCUUCCUGAGGCGGCGGAUGGUGGUCCAGAAUCGCUUCGAAGCCGCCAGGAAGUCGUUUUCCAUGGCUUCUCCGAACUCCUCCCAUGUCCAAGUUUUUGCCUCCGCGACCGCUGAAGCCGCACAUCGCUUGGCCUGUCGGUACCUGUCUGCUGCCUCCGAAGUCCUAUGAGCCAAAAGAGUCUAGUUUCUCCAAAAUAGACACCCUUUGCACACUCUUGGCAUUCUCUCGAUGAGCUUCAAGAGGUAGUCACCUGAAAUGGUUUUUCACUUCACAGGUGUGCCUUAUAAAGGUUGAUUAGUGGAAUUUCUUGCUUUACCAAUGGGGUUGGGACCAUCAGUUGUGUUGUGAAUGAGAAGGUGUGUCUAAACGUUUGGCCUGUACCGUACCUGCUUCAUUCUCUUUCAUCUAAUUCGUAUUCAUUCGGGAAUCCGAAUGAAAUAAAUCUGUUUUUUUUUCUCCAAUCGAUGCAAUUCAAAAUGUAUUCUUUUAAUUUGUGAAGCAAAUAAUCAGGCAGUUGUUCCCUUUUUUGUCGAUUGUUGAGACUGGCAUAUAAAGGGUCUUCCUCGGCAGCCCACACCCACUCAAGAGAUCUACUUUUCAAUCGCAUAAUCAAGGUGUGUUAGUCCGGUUUCUCGAAAGCCAAAAGUAGUCAGAGUUGGGGAAAGUCUGACAUCUUCAGGAAGUUUAUUCCAGCUAUUUGUUGCAUAGUGACUGAAUGAUGCUCCCCCUUGAUUUGAGUUUACUCUGGGAACCGCUAACAGAUUGGUCUCAGAAGAUCUUAGUGAUCAUAUAGUGGGAGCAUAUCAGUGAUAUACUUCGGCCCUAGACAAUGUAGUG